AUGAUUCUUAUUAUUUUGAAUUUCAGUAACAACACUGCAACACUCCCUGAAAUACUUCAGGAGCUGCAAGGACAACUGAACCGGGAACAUUCAUCGCAUAUAAAUGUCCGAAGAAGUGCAAUUUGGUCUGAUACGUGUCGUCAAAUGUCGAGAAAAAAAUUCUCUCCCGGCAACAAUAUUUCGGUUAAGUUCGCGGACAACGUGGGCACUAGCGAGGGUGCCGUAGACGUUGGGGGUCCCAAGAGGGAGUUUCUAAGAUUGGCGGUUAGGUCAGCCAAUUUAGAUUCUGGAGUUUUCAUCGGACCAGAAGGAUGUAGGAUGUUAUAUCCAAACUCGCUUGGUAUGUAGUGUACCCCGGUCCUAUGGGCUUUUCUUCAGGGAAAUUUAUUUCCACGUUAGAGAGAACAACUAAAAAUGAUGAAGAUGAUAGCCCCUCCCCACCUCUCCUCGGGAAGUAAUUUCAUGACGGCUUCAUACAGGUUUGAACAUGGUGAAAGAGAGAAAUAUUUAUCCCACGAUAAAUUUUCUUUAACUGUUUCUGUGCGAGGAAAAAUCUUAUUAAAAAAAUCACCCAAGCCUAGUGGCUCGCAAAAAUGUUCCUACACUGGCCUAAAAAAAUUCAUGUGUGUGGGAAAUGUUUACGAAAAAACGUUAACGCGGCUCGGUAAUUCCCCAACUCUCCCUCAGAACUUUUGACCUCUUAGUCUUGAUUAAGGCAGUUAUAUAUUUACUUUUUUAAAAAAACCUAAGGGAAAGACCACUUAAAGCUAAUUUGACUGUAACUGAAAUUACGUAUUUAUUGGAAAAGAAAGUUUCUCAAGAUUUUGUUUCCUCACUAGUGUUAUGUUUACGUUCUUAAUGUUUUCUAUAGCACGUGAAAAAGACGCCUACCGUCUGGUAGGUCUAAUUCUGGCUUGGUCGGUGGUCCACGGCGGUCCCGGUGGAAAAUUUUUGUGCCCUACAUUAUACGAUUCUGUCGUGUAUGGGCCAGACGUGACAAAUCCGAGUUUAGACGAUGUUCCUACCCUACAACUCAAAGAAAAAAUUCAAAAGGUAAGCGGUCCAUGAAAUGUCUUUACGCUUGAUUUCUCUGACCACCUGUUGACUUCAGCAACGUUUCAAUUACGGUCCCAUAAUAAAUAAAAAGAAAACCUUUUUAUUUUCGAUAAUUGAGCCGCCUCGCUAGGGCCUCCGGACAGCAUCGUUUUAUUCGCGCGAUUUCAAAUUUAUCAAAGAGUGAAAUAUCAAAUGCAGGAAUUUCAGGGGCACCCAACGAGAAUAUAGUUCAAAACCACUUAAACAUAGCAUUGUUAAAUGUAUUUUAGUAUUUGAAAGGUAGAUAUUGGGAUAUUUUCAUGCCCUAAAAAUUUUCCAUCUCUUCGGAUUUCGUAGCUGAAAGUCUAGUUACCCGAAAAUUAUAGGGAUCAAAACUUACCUGUUUGAAAAUUUCAGCCAGAUAAAAGGCUCCCGAAAAAUUCUAGGUGAUCUUUUUAGGGUAAAAAUCCGUUAUUAAAGAAUGGACAAUUAUACAAUUUUUUAGAUGUUCGAAAAUCCUAGGAGAGGCAAGCAAGCAAGAAAUUAAAAAAAAAAAAAAUUUCCGAAAAUUCUCGAUCUCAAAUCGUCUUCCGAACAGAUAUUUUCCGAAAAUUGACGUUGGGUAUCAGGAGCAAGUUGGGCAACCCCGACACCGAAAGAAACAAAAAAAAAUGAUAAUAGUAAUAACGGGGAGAAAAGCCAAACAUGACAAACAGAACCUCUGAAGGUUUAACAGUUUUUGAUAGAUUUACUUGCCGGUCAUCAUUGCACGACUAAUGUUGUCAAAGAUCGUCUUUCCGUUCAUCAAUGCUGUCUCGAAUAUCAAAUUUGCUUAUUAACAAUGAUAACUAUUGUGGUCACUGAGUUGUGGUUGUCAUCAAAACGAGCAAGUUUUAGUCCUUAUACUUUUUUCACUAGAUAGAGCAGUCUACAUCAGUGAAAGAGUUAAAGGAAAGGUUGUAUGAUGAAGAGAUACAGACGAUUUUAAGUGACCUUGGUGCAAGCCCAGUACCUUCGAGCAUCGAACAGAAGGAUUGGUAUAAGAAGAUUAUUCUUCGCCAUGUACUUAUUGACUCCACAAGGUACCUAUUGGAGGAGUUUAAAAAGGGCUUACAAACCUUGGGUGUGCUAGAUGCAAUGCAGAGACACCCUCAGCAAUUUCGAGAUGUGUUCACCAAUGAAAACGUUAACCAACUUGAUGCCCAGUGCGUGGAUCUACUUUUUACGGUUCACUUUGCCGAGAUGGGAUCUAACGCAAGACCAAAACAGGAACUGGCUGUAAUCCUCUGGAGGGAUUACCUUCAAGAUUGUGAAAGUAAGGUUCAAACAGUUUUUAGUGCACAUGUUCUGGUUCAAUUUCAUCCAUGGUUUAAUUUUACGUGAUGAAGAAUAAUUAUCCGUGGGAUGAUAGCAGUUCUUCUCUAUCGAGGUUUUUUUGCGCUAUAUUCUUGCUAUUUUUUGUAGACAGCAGCCCCGAUUCUUCUGCCAUUUUCCCAAGAUCUGUGCAGAAAAACGGGCCGUCUGCACCUUUUCAUUACAACUGGCGGGAUUGAAGCCAAUCAAAGCUGGACAAACAUUUACAACCAACACUGAAUUGUAAACAUGUAUAUCUCUGAAAAGGUCAUCUGUUUAUUUUGAAUAGUACAGGGCUUUAAUACUGUAUCAGUUUAUAUAUUUUUUUCUUUUUCAGGCAGGGAGGCCAAAGCAACUCUGGGGGAUGUUUUAGCGUUUGCGACUGGUGCUGAUGUACCCCCCACUUUGGGUUUUGAUACAACACCGACCAUCUCCUUUGUAGACGGAGCGUUCCCUACUGCAAAUACGUGUUCAGCCACCAUCAGAUUGCCUACGAUCCAUGAUACCUACGACGAUUUUAAAGAGAAAAUGGAUUUUGCCAUACUUAACUCUCCCAGUUUUGGGCAGCCAUAG